GCCGGCGGCGGGCAGAUGGCGGAGUGCGGGCCGCAGCUCCCCGGGGCCGGCGGCGGCAGCGGGGCCGCGGGCGCUCCGAGCCGCCACGAGAAGAGCCUGGGGCUGCUCACCACCAAGUUCGUGUCGCUGCUGCAGGAGGCCAAGGACGGCGUGCUCGACCUCAAGCUGGCUGCAGACACCUUGGCUGUGAGGCAGAAGCGACGCAUCUACGACAUCACCAACGUCCUGGAGGGCAUUGGGCUGAUCGAAAAGAAAUCCAAGAACAGCAUCCAGUGGAAAGGGGUGGGUCCUGGCUGCAACACCCGUGAAAUAGCUCACAAACUGAUCGAACUGAAGGCAGACAUAGAGGACCUGGAGCAGCGGGAGCAGGAGCUGGAGCAGCAGAAGAUGUGGGUUCAGCAGAGCAUCAGGAACGUGACAGAAGAUGUGCAGAACAGUCGAUUAGCUUAUGUGACACAUGAAGAUAUCUGCAAGUGCUUCACAGGAGACACCCUCCUUGCCAUUCGAGCCCCCUCAGGGACACGUCUGGAGGUGCCCAUCCCUGAGGGCUUAAAUGGGCAGAAGAAAUACCAGAUCCAUCUGAAGAGCAACAGUGGUCCCAUUGAUGUUCUCUUAGUAAACAAAGAUGCUUGGAGCUCCCCUCCUGUGGUACUCCCUGUCCCUCCCCCUGAAGAUCUCAUCCAGUGCCAGGCAGUUACACCCUCCAAACCACAGCUCCCACCACUCACCCACUUCCAGGAGGCAUCAGUCCCCAGCAGCACCCAGCCCUCCACACCAACACCCACCAGCACCCAGGACCAGAGCCCUCUGGCCUGCAAAGCUGCCAGCACAGAGUGCAGCAUCCCAUCAGCAGAGCCCAGGAGCAGCGCUGAGCUGGAGCCCCUGGGCAGCACCACAGGAGCAGUGGGUGCUGGGCUGGACACACAGCCCCUCCAGUCCUCUGCCUCCCUGGACAGCAGCUCUGGGCUGCCCAGCCCCUCUGCCUCCUUCCAGCCCAUCAAACCUGAGCCCACGGGAAUACUGGAACUUCCCAAAGAGCUGUCAGAGAUGUUUGAUCCAACAAGAGAAUGUAUGAACUCUGAGCUGCUGGAGGAGCUGAUGUCGUCUGAAGUGUUUGCUCCUUUGCUUCGCCUCUCCCCUCCCCCUGGAGACCACGACUACAUCUAUAACCUGGAUGAGAGCGAAGGCGUCUGCGACCUCUUUGACGUGCCCGUGCUCAACCUCUGACGCCUCA